CGUUUCAAGCAUUUAUUCUCUCAAAGAAACUAAGAGAGAGAGAGAGAGAGAAGGAAAAACCGAAGCACUUGCAAAUCUCAUGAACUGUGGUGUCGUGUUGGGGUUCUAUUGUUGGGAUUGGGAGUUCUUAACUGCCCUUCUUCUCUUCUCCUCUUCUUUCAUCAAUCAAUCUUAUUAGAUACUUAAUUUCAUAUUAUAUAUAUAUUCUUCUACUUCUUCACAAAUCAACUUUCCUUCUAACUAGAAAAUUAAAACAAAUGGAGGCAACAAUAUUAUGUGACAAUAAUAAUAAUAAAGGGUUUCAAGCAUAGCAACUUCUCUAGCUUCGUCCGCCAGCUCAAUACCUAUGGUUUUCGUAAAGUUGCAACAAGCAGAUGGGAAUUCUCCAAUGAGAAGUUCAAGAAAGGUGAAAGAGAAAUGCUAUGUGAAAUUCGAAGAAGAAGAGCAUGGACAAGCAAGCAACGGAAUGCAGCAGCAAACCAAGGUGCACCCCAAGACUCCGAUGAAGAUCAAAGGUCUUCAUCGACUUCUUCGUCUUCGGGUUACACCACUCUAGUUGAUGAGAACAAGCGCCUCAAGAAGGAGAAUGGGGUGGUGGCGAAAUACUCGCAUGCUCAGGAGGAGGAAGAGGACGAGGACGAGAAUGAGGCCGAGGCAGAGGCCGGAAAGCCAAUGCUGUUUGGAGUAAGAUUGGAUGUUCAAGGGCAGAGGCAGGUGAAGAGGAAGAGAGACGAGAUACGUGAAAGCGCAAGCAUUUUGCUCUCUCAAUCAUGCAAAUAGAUACAUAUAUAUACACCUAUAGUAGCUUCAAAACAUAAAUAUAGUUACUCAAAAAGUGUAAUAAUCAAAUGUUAGCUAGGUUUGCCGAUUUUUUUUCCCAAUGUUUUUUCCUCCCUCUUGUGCUAUUAAUGUGGUGAUCACAUAUUUGGUAAUUGGUA